GCAACCCACCAACAGCUAUCUGCACUCCAUAAACAGACUCGCUUUUUAAUCAGUUUAACGGUCACCAGUUAGAAGAUCUCCAUUGGAAAUUUAGUCGGGUAACGCAGUUCUUAUUUGUUUAUUAACCCUUUUCAAUUAACUCAUCCGCUGCCAAAUCAUUGAAUGGGAUGCCCGCUUGCAGCGUUUCAACCUCUCACAGGCGCACCCCAUACAGGAAACUGUUCCGCUAAAUCGUGCACGCCCUCAGUGAUCACUGGCUAAAACGCACCACUCUCCUACCCGUGCAAAGUUGACCGUCGUUGGAAUAUCUGCGGGGGAAUUUAACGGAAGUCGUUGGAUGUGGUGGAAUAUCACCUUGGACCGCGACGCAGCCCCGGAUCACUGAGCGGCACAUGUGAACGCUGCGUCUUCGCUUGCGUUCUGUUGAUACGGCAACCGCAUUUGGAAAGAUGAGUCUGUCAGCACGGCAUCCAGAAUAACGUUACAGCAACGUUUCAACUUUUGGGUUGAAUUCCUGUAUCUCAUUUUGGAAUUUAGAAAGUUUUGAUUACCUUUUAAGACAGUGGAUGAUUUAUGUUUGGCGUUUGGCAAGGUUUGGAGUUAUGCUUGGAUAUUUUACAAUUCAAUGCGUCGAGACCACCUUGGAGGGCUAACGAGCAACAAGGGAAAGAAAGAAAUUUGUUUGGACGGAAGAAAUUGCAUUGGAGCAGCAUUAUUUUCAGCUCCUUAAGGAUACCUUGUUAGAUUUACCAGGAUGUAUUUCUAUAUGUACGGUUUACUGCUGUUGUUUGACAAAGUAGUGUUUUCCUCUGCUAGCUCCUCUGGCCUGCCGGUGCCCGUCGUCCAGGGCCUCGGCGUGGAUGGGGACACUCCGGUGGACUGCCUCAAGGCCAACGACAUGUGCAACACCAACCCGCAGUGCAGCUCCAGCUACCGCGUCAUGCGCCAGUGCCUGGUGGGCCGCGACCGCACCAGCAUGCUGGCCAACAAGCAGGAGUGCCAGUCCGCCAUGGAGGUGCUGCAUGACAGCGCCCUCUACAGCUGCCGCUGCAAGCGGGGCAUGAAGAAGGAGCUGCAGUGCCUGCAGAGCUACUGGAGCAUCCACAUGGGCCAGAGCGAAGGUGAGGAGUUCUACGAGGCCUCGCCCUACGAGCCUGUGGAUUCAUUCCGUCUCGCCUCCAUCCUCUCAGGGGUGCACUCCUCCACCCUGCGGGCCACCACCCACUGCCUGGACUCCACCCGGCCCUGCAACCCCUGCCUGGACGCCACCAAGGCCUGCAACCUGAACGACACGUGCAAGCGCCAGCGCUCCGCCUACAUCGCCACGUGCAACAAGUCCCCAGCGCCCGCUCCCGCCGACACCUGCAACCGCAAGCGCUGCCACAAGGCCCUGCGGCAGUUCUUCGACCGCGUGCAGACCGAGCACAGCUAUGGCCUGCUCUUCUGCUCGUGCCGGGACAGCGCCUGCGCUGAGCGCCGCCGCCAGACCAUCGUGCCCUCGUGCUCUUUCGAGGAGAAGACAAAGCCCAACUGCCUGGAGCUGCGCAGGAAUUGCCGCCUCGACCCGCUCUGCAGGUCCAGACUGGCUGAUUUCCACACAAACUGUCAGAUGAGCUCGGAGUCCACCAACAGCUGCCCCAAUGAGGACUACCAGGCCUGCCUUGCUUCAUAUGUGGGCCUCAUUGGGACCGACAUGACCCCCAACUACAUGGACUCCACUCCCAUUAACUUCACCAUCUCACCCGGGUGCACUUGCCGUGGCAGCGGCAACCAUGAGGAAGAGUGCGAGAGGUUCCUGCAGGACUUCAGAGAGAACACCUGCCUACGAAAUGCCAUCCAGGUGUUUGGUUAUGGUACCGACCGGCCCAAGCCUGCCACUGUUCCACCCACCACCUCCACAAAGCCAGACCAGGAAGUGAACGUGCGCGUCACCAAGCCGACGCUGAAUACAAGUGAGAUGAAGCCAGAUGAGGACCCAUGUGCUUAUCCCAUCUGUAAUGACCUGGAGUAUGGAGAAAAAUGCAAUCCAAGUUGUGGAAGCAAGGACCCCUGGAUGGAGAUCAUAGAACCAGAGAGUGGCUCCCUCAGCCUCAAAGCCCAUGCCUGGAUGUGGAUCACCUGCCUCACCCCUCUACUGGGCCUCCUCACUCUGUAAAUAAAUAAAUAAUAAUUACAAAAUUAAGCAAGAAAACUUAUAGUCAAGGACCAGGGAAUGUUUUGUAUGGGCCAGACAGCAGCAAGAGGACAUAGGAAGAAUAAAGCCACACACACACACACACACACACACACACACAAGCCCCAACUCCACCCCUCACCCCAACUCUACUCCCUCACCUCGCCCUCCUCAGAGGGGACUCUCUGACACCAAACAGACUCUUCAUCUCCUCUGUGCUGCCUCAGCUUCCCUUCUUCCCUCCUUUCUUUCUUUUAAUUGACCAAGAUGAUGGAUGGAGAGAGGCAGACGGACUGACGGACUGUCUGUGGAGGAAGCCCCUUGUGUUACAUAUCGAAGACUUGCUGUAGCCCAGCUAUGAGCGCUGAAAGAAUGAACGUGUGAGAGACAGAGAGAGACAUUGUGAGUGAUUUUAGAGGAGAGUGAAAGCCACACCAAAAGAAUGUGAACAAGAAGGAAAGAAGGAGAGAGUGACAUGUUGGGGAAGCAAGAGCAAGCAAAACUGAGAACCGACCGGAGGAUUGAAUGAAUUAAUUAAUGAACGAUUGAGCAACUGUCUAAAUUGAAGAGGGUUGAAGAUAAGCAAAGAAUAGUCAUUGUCCAUGCCAUCUCUUAGAUUCCAAAGUGGAGGGAGGCCUUGGGUUUUAUUGACUCUAAGCGAGAGAGAGAAAAAGAGAGAGAGAGAGAGAGAGAGAGAGGCUUAAUGUCCUCUGCUACCUAGCAGACCUCUUACUGACAGACUUAUGGUGUCCCGCUAGCGGACUCCACUAACACAGUAUUCUGUCUCCCAAACUGCCGAUACAGGAACACCUCCAAGUCUCCAGUCCCAACAACCUCUUCAUUUCUCAAUCCCCACCUUUUUUACAGUUGGUUGACUUCUGGAAUCUUCUUUUUAUUUUUGCCACCACUCUUGCCUCAAGUCACUUGUGGAUUUUUCCCCUGGAUUACAUUUUCUCAUCAAUACCAAGGCUAUACCAAGUUAAUCAAGCUUCUAUGACUUUGUUACUUUUUUAUUAAGUUAUUUAUUUUUAUUCCAGAGCUACAGUGGAUAAUCUUUUUUUUUAAGUCUUUUUGAAAAGGAAAUGUACUUGACAUUUAAAUCUGGGCCCUUAUUGAACUUACUUAAUGACGGGCCUAGCUGCUCCAUUUUAGUGCUGUAUUGUGCCAGAUUAUUUAAAGAAAAAAGAGGAAGAAACACAUAAUUAAAAAUCUAUAUUGGUCAAAGGGAGACUAUGUAAAAAAAAAACAGAACCUCACUUGUUAAGCUGUCCUUGUUAGAAAUAAGUGGGUGAAGGAUUCAUACAGCCACCCACGGAUGUAUAAUUUUGUUUUUCUUUUCUGUGACUAUAGAACAUUUCUUUCCUUCUUGUACAAAUGUUAAAUAUGAUGUACUGUCUUUAAUGAUCAAUUGCAGUGUAAAAGAUAUUGGUUUUAGGUCAAGCACUUUGGGAACAAAUCUUGAUAUAAAAGGAAACAAAAUGUUUAUA